UUCUUGUUACACAUUUAACAAAUAAAUAAUUGGCAAAAUGUCGAUUCGGGAGAGUAUAUUUAGUAGUAUAUCGCGGAUGUUCCCAAGAUUCGACGAAGAUAUAAAUUUCGAUGGUACAAUUACACAAUAGAUACAAAAUCGAUUGCUUCGUUUGCAAUAAUAAUACUUCCCCACUUCUAGUGAUGACUUAUGACGAGUUGCAAGAGAUGCACGAAGAUCUUUUGCAAGAAAUCUGGACGAUCACACUAGAGAACGACGUAUACGAACGAUAUCUGACUCGACAAGAGCCUCAAAGUCUCAAAACCAUAUCAAGGCUCCUAGAGAGAGCAAAGAUCGGGCGGAGACUCACGCAACAUUUGGGGCCAAGAUCGUCGCAUAUGAGCUUUCGGGAAAGCGUAACAAGUCUCCACGACAUAGGUCAUCAUAGUACUUUGAGCACGCCCAGUAUGCCGUCAAUAUCUCGUUUUGGAACACCAAGCAUAGCGACGAUGGGUACAAUCGGUGAUACUACCAAAAUCACGAUAGCGCAUCGUAUAGGAAUGUCAAAGAAAGAAGUGGAGGAGAUGCAAAGGAACCUAGUACAGUUCAUACGGAGAGCGACGAGGAAGAAAGCCAUCAUGAGAGCAGAGAUAGAGGAGAUCGAAAUUCGGUUGAAAGAGGCGCAAGAGGCAAAGGAGGAAUUCGAGGAGGAAGUCGUUGUCGAAGGCGUGGAUCCUAUGACGGGAAAGAUACCUGCCGAGCGACUGGUCAGAUUCGUCGAGGAAUGGUUGAGAUCGGCGAGCACGAUAAUAGAGAGGCUGAGAUUGAAGAGCGCCACGGUCAGGAUGCAGAUCAGAAAGGCUACCAGGCAGCUCAUUCAACGGGAGGAGUUGGGCGAGUCGCUCCGCGCCGUUGACUUCUAUAAACUGACCAUCGAGAACCAGGAUUACGUAAAAAUGCUCGAGGAGAAGAGCCUGUACGUAAUCGACAUGAAGAGGAUUGCAGGACAUUAUCACUUGAAACUGACGCAACACAAGCAGAAACUGAACGACCUGUUGCUUACUGUGAACAAGCUGAAGGAUGACAUUCUGGCUAAGCAGAAACAGAUCAAAGAUCUGACGGGUAAUUACAAAAUUAUGGAAGUCAAUGUGAAAAGAAUGGACAAAGACUUGAAAUCCUUACUGAACUUUAUGGAGAAUCAUAUAGCUCCGGAUAUUUUGGACUUUAUUCGAUUGCAAGAGGAAUACGCGGAACUGAAGAGAAAGUAUAAACUAUUGCAAAGGCGUAUGAACAUUGAAAAAAUAUUAUAUGAGGAAUAUCAAAAGCAGAUACAGCAGAUUAUAAGGAAAACUCGUGUGGCCGGUGACGAAGACCGAGGAAGGAAAGAGCGGAGGAAAACAUCCGAUACGAUCUACCCAAUAAUUUUUUAAAAGUUUCAUUUAUCUUCCUUGUUAUAUCUAAGAAAUUAUUUUCACUAGUCGAAAAAAUCUUUGCUAGCACAUAAGCGUACAAUUAUAUCUGUAAAAAAAUUACUCAGCACUGUGCCGUCACUGGUUACGCCAGCAAAUAAUUGGAGUUACGGUGCUUGUGUAGAAGAUGAAAAAUAUCAGAAACAAUCGUGCACUUUCCACGAAACGGAUAUUUUUUUAAAGCAGAAGAGGAGUUGCAUGAUCCACAAAUGUACCAGACCGAUUUCGAAUCAUCCAUGACAGAAUUUUUAUGUUGUAUCAUAUUGAACAUUAAAUUUCUUUUAAUUUCU